UCGGCCUUUUAUCUGGACUGGAGUCUGUUCUGGUCCAACAGAGUCCUGCCUGAAACCAGUUUGUUUUUGUGUCUGUGCCGCUGGUCGUCAGGCAACAAACUGACACAAGAGGAAAAACAGCAAAAAUCCCCCAAAGGAAAGGAGAUGGGGAGAUGCCUAAUGAGGCACCAUUAGAGACCUUAGAGGGGAGACAGGUGGAAGAGAGCUGCUCAGGUGUGUCACUGAUCAGAGAAGAACACACCCGAGCAGCAGCAGUCGGCUCCGUCUGCCUGAACUGGACUGAAACUGGACCUGGGCCAACAGCUCCUGUAUUCUUCUUCUUCUUCGUGGACUUUGAUGGCCGGACUGAUCCUGAGCUGCUGAGACAUCACGGUUGAGAUGGGCUGUCUGGGCGGCAAAACGGAUGAAGAACGACUGGAUGAAAAGGCAAAGAGAGAAGCAAAUAAGAAGAUCGAGAAGCAGCUGCAGAGGGAACGACAGACGUACAAAGCUACACACAGACUCUUACUGUUGGGUGCAGGAGAAUCGGGUAAAAGCACCAUUGUCAAACAGAUGAGGAUUCUUCAUGUGGACGGCUUUAAUGCUGAGGAGAAGCAGCAAAAGGUUCAGGACAUCAGGAAGAACGUGAAGGAUGCCAUCGUGACAAUUGUGUCAGCUAUGACUAUUCUGGCUCCGCCCAUUCCCCUGGGUAACCCUGGUAACCAGUUCAGAGCGGACUACAUCAAGAGCAUCGGUCCUCUGUCUGACUUUGAAUACACCGAGGAGUUCUUUGAGCAUGCUCAGAAGCUGUGGGAGGACGACGGUGUGAAGGCGUGCUUUGAGCGUGCCAAUGAAUAUCAGCUGAUUGACUGCGCUCAGUACUUCCUGGAUCGGCUGGACUCAGUCCGGAGGCCCGAUUACUCACCCACCGAUCAGGACCUGCUGCGCUGCAGAGUUCUGACUUCCGGGAUUUUUGAAACCAGGUUUCAGGUGGACAAAGUCAACUUCCAUAUGUUUGAUGUAGGAGGACAGCGGGACGAACGCAGGAAGUGGAUUCAGUGCUUCAACGAUGUGACCGCCAUCAUCUUUGUGGCAGCGAGCAGCAGCUACAACAUGGUGAUCCGCGAGGACAACUCCACCAAUCGGCUGCGAGAAUCUCUGGACCUCUUCAGAUCUAUCUGGACCAACAGGUUCCUGAAGACGAUUUCAGUGAUUCUCUUCCUGAACAAACAGGAUGUUCUUGCUGAGAAGAUUCUGGCUGGAAAGUCGAAGCUGGAGGAUUAUUUCCCAGAAUAUAACAACUACCAGCUUCCUGCUGAUGCGGUUCCAGACAAUGAUGAAGACCCCAAAGUGAUGAGGGCCAAGUUCUUCAUCAGAGAUGAGUUUCUGAGGAUCAGUACGGCGAGCGGUGACGGCAAACAUUACUGCUACCCUCACUUCACCUGUGCUGUUGACACCGAGAACAUUCGCCGUGUCUUCAACGACUGCCGUGACAUCAUCCAGCGGAUGCACCUGCGGCAGUACGAACUGCUCUGAUUGACUGCUGGGCGCUGCCUGGCUCCGCCCACUCUGAAGAAGCCAAUAAGGCAUUAUGGUCAGAAUUUUAGCCAUGGCAGCAAUGUGUCAUGUGGGAGGAGGUGGAGUCUGGAAAUCCAUUUUUACAUGUUUUUUGUGUUAUCUUUACCAUGAUUGGCUGAUCCAUUUGAAUAAUUAAACGCCUUUGUUUACCUGUGAACUCGGGGUCAAAGGUCAGUCUUUAUUCUGAAGCUGCUCAAAUGUUUUUAUUUGUUAUUCAGAGAGUUAAGUGUUUAACUUGUGUGUCCUGGCUCCGCCACGGUAACCUAUAGACUCACGAUUCAUGUCCACAACA